CGCCUCUUCUCCCACCUUCUUUCUCCGCAAGCAAUCUACGCAGUAUAUGCCCGUCUCCUCUUUCCACAUUAUCUCCUGAUCCCUUCCACUCCUCCGCCCGCCUCCUCUUCUCUUCUUGUAUAGCUACCCACCUACCAAGCUCAAACCAUUUCCUCACUAGCGGCUACCAGUCCAACCCGAUCGCUCACAUGGGCCAGGAGGAGCGGCAGGACCGACACCCGCCGGCCACGAACAAGGAGGAGGAGCUCCCCGCCGGCGUCGCCUGCGACUACUGCAGCGAGGCGCGGGCGGCGGUGUACUGCCGCGCCGACAGCGCCAGGCUCUGCCUGCCCUGCGACCGCCUCGUGCACGCCGCCAACGCCGUCUGCUCCCGCCACGCGCGCGCCCCGCUCUGCGCCGCCUGCCUCUCCGCCGGGGCCGUCUUCCGCUCCAGCGCCGGCUUCCUCUGCUCCAACUGCGACUUCGGGAGGGCCCGGGACGCCGGCGGGCCGCUCGGCAGCGACCGCUGCACGGUGCAGCCCUACACGGGCCGCCCCACGGCGCACGACCUCGCCGCGCUCCUCGGGGUGCCGGACUUCGAGAAGCCCAAGGCCGCCAGGGCGGACGAGGGGUGGUGGGACAUCUGGGACGAGCCGCACGUGUUCAGCAUGGAGGAUCUCAUCGUGCCCACCACCUCCGUCCAUGGCUUCCAGCCCCUUGUCACGCCGUCCUCCCCAAAGAACCAGAGCUCCCCGGACGGAAAGGCCAACGAAGAGGUUAUAAAACAGCUACGCGAGCUCGCCGAGGCCGACGGCGGCGGUGGGCAGAUAGCACCUCGUGAGGAGGCAGAGCAAGCUCCCCAUCAGCUGCCCUCCUGGACGCCGUCGCAGUACAUCGACGAAAACGGCAAUUUUGCUGUGGAGAACAACCAUGAGGUCACAACCAUGCCAACCCCUGGCUAUGAGAAUGGUGGAUGGAACAACGGCAACUACCAUGCCCUAAAUGAUGCUUGCAAGACCGAGUAUGAACACGAGCAGGCUCCAGUCAGCUCAGCUGAAGCAUGCCUCUCAUCGUUUGUUCAGAUGUCGGAGCUUUGCCCCAGCAUGAGCAAUGGUAGCGUCAUGGAUGAUAGCCACCAGGCAAAUCCUAGCAGUGGCAUGCCAGUGCAAGCUUUCCCCAAACGGGGUACAUUUGAUGUUGUUGCUGGCCCUGAACGGGACAUUGUCAUUUCACGCUAUAAAGAAAAGAGAAGAACAAGAAGAUUCGACAAGCAGGUCCGAUACGAGUCCCGCAAAGCUCGUGCGGACAGCAGGCUGAGAAUCAAGGGGCGUUUUGCAAAGGCAAAUCAGAUCUAAGCCUUGCUUUUGUAGUAUAUUUUGCAUCUUGGCCAAGAGGAGGAACACUAAUUAGGACAGAGUGCGGAUAUUACACUUUGUUUGCCUUCAGUUUGCCAGAUCAUAGCUCAUGUACAAUCCUAAUAAUGUAUGUAUGUUGCUGGCAUAAGGCUACGCUAUGUUGAGGAUAGUUGUUUCUAGUCCAAACCUUGUAUAUAGUCUUCCAUCUGAACUCUGUGAAGUCAGUGCUACUAUUUACAGGCAAAUGAGAGUACCAUUAUGCUAUUUGGUAUGGUUUUAGCGAAA